UACCCGGCCUGACUCCUCCUCCUCCAGGCGCGGGGCUCGUGCCCGCCACGCCGGCGCGCACCGCGCCUCCGCCCGCGUCCCCCCAAUUUUCCCCCCGCCCCAGCUCCUGUCAUCGUUUUCCCCCUCCUCCUCUUCCUCCUCCUCUUCCUCCUCCUCCGCCCAUCACCGCCACUACGAACGCCUUCGCCUCCUUCUACACCUCGCGCCGCCGCCGCCGCUCCUAGCGCUCCUCUCCGGCUUCCACCAGCCCAUCGCUCCACGCUCGCUUGGCUGCUGCAGUCUCGGUCUCUCUCUCUCUCUCUCAAGUUUCCUAUCUCGUCAAGAUCAGGGCAAAAGGAAGAAAACACUGAAUUCUGCUUGCCGUUUCAGAGCGGCGGUGAUGAAGACAAAAUUGAACAUCUACAACAUGCAGUUGCUGCUUUUUGUUUUCUUGGUGUGGGACCCUGCCAGGUUGGUGCUGGCUAACAUCCAAGAAGAUGAGGCUAAAAAUAACAUUACCAUCUUUACGAGAAUUCUUGACAGACUUCUGGAUGGUUACGAUAAUCGGCUUAGACCAGGACUGGGAGACAGUAUUACUGAAGUCUUCACUAACAUCUACGUGACCAGUUUUGGCCCUGUCUCAGAUACAGAUAUGGAAUAUACAAUUGAUGUUUUCUUUCGACAAAAAUGGAAAGAUGAACGUUUAAAAUUUAAAGGUCCUAUGAACAUCCUUCGACUAAACAAUUUAAUGGCUAGCAAAAUCUGGACUCCAGAUACCUUUUUUCACAAUGGGAAAAAAUCAGUAGCUCAUAAUAUGACAAUGCCAAAUAAGUUGCUUCGAAUUCAGGAUGAUGGGACUCUGCUGUAUACCAUGAGGCUUACAGUUCAAGCUGAAUGCCCAAUGCACUUGGAGGAUUUCCCAAUGGAUGCUCAUUCAUGUCCUCUGAAAUUUGGCAGCUAUGCAUAUACAACUUCAGAGGUCACUUAUAUUUGGACUUACAAUGCAUCUGAUUCAGUACAGGUUGCUCCUGAUGGCUCUAGGUUAAAUCAAUAUGACCUGCUGGGCCAAUCAAUUGGAAAGGAGACAAUUAAAUCCAGUACAGGUGAAUAUACUGUAAUGACAGCUCAUUUCCACUUGAAAAGAAAAAUUGGGUAUUUUGUGAUUCAAACCUAUCUGCCUUGCAUCAUGACUGUCAUUCUCUCCCAAGUUUCAUUCUGGCUUAACAGAGAAUCUGUGCCUGCAAGAACUGUGUUUGGAGUAACAACUGUCCUAACAAUGACAACUCUAAGCAUCAGUGCUCGGAAUUCUCUCCCAAAAGUGGCUUAUGCAACUGCUAUGGACUGGUUUAUUGCCGUUUGUUAUGCAUUUGUCUUCUCUGCCCUAAUUGAAUUUGCAACUGUUAAUUACUUCACCAAAAGAGGAUGGGCUUGGGAUGGGAAGAGUGUAGUAAAUGACAAGAAAAAAGAAAAGGCUUCCGUUAUGAUACAGAACAACGCUUAUGCAGUGGCUGUUGCCAAUUAUGCCCCGAAUCUUUCAAAAGAUCCAGUUCUCUCCACCAUCUCCAAGAGUGCAACCACGCCAGAACCCAACAAGAAGCCAGAAAACAAGCCAGCUGAAGCCAAGAAAACUUUUAACAGUGUUAGCAAAAUUGACAGAAUGUCCAGAAUAGUUUUUCCCGUUUUGUUUGGUACAUUUAAUUUAGUUUACUGGGCUACAUAUUUAAACAGAGAACCUGUAUUAGGGGUCAGUCCUUGAAUUGAGACCCAUGUUAUCUUUGGGAUGUAUAGCAACAUUAAAUUUGGUUUGUUUUGCUAUGUACAGUCUGACUAAUAACUGCUAAUUUGUGACCCAACAUGUACAGUAUGUAUAUAGUGACAUAGCUUACCAGUAGACCUUUAAUGGAGACAUGCAUUUGCUAACUCAUGGAACUGCAGACAGAAAGCACUCCAUGCCAAAACAGCCAUUGCCUUUUUAAAAGAUUUACCCUAGGACCUGAUUUAAAGUGAAUUUCAGAUGACCUGAUUAAUUUCCUAUUCUUCUAAUAGAGAUGAAAGUGGGGAUCUUGUACAACCCUUUGUGGACCCUUUUGGUUUAGCUCUUAAGUAGGGGUAUUUUCUACUGUUGCUUAAUUAUGAUGGAAGAUAACAUUGUCAUUCCUAGAUGAAUCCUUUGAAGUAACAAACAUUGUAUCUGACAGCAGCUCCGUUCAUGAGUGCUCAGAGUCCCUGCUAAUGUAAUUGGAAGCUUGGCACACAUAAGAAAAACUAGAGAUUUGAAAUCAGCUAUGAAUUACUCUAUAUAGUAUCUAUAGCCAUGUACAUAUUACAGCAUGACAAGCUCGAAUAAUUAUGAGUCAGCCCGACAGGAUGUUAAUUAUGCUUAUGAUUUAAUAACUAUUGGAAUGUCGUGGUCAUUACAUUUUUAGCUUCGGAGUUUAUUUGAAAGUAAUAAUUGAAAUCCUACAAUUUAUUUUAAUCAUUGGAAACUACCUUAAUUAAAAAAAAAAAAAGAAAACAAAUGUGUCUUAACCUUUCCAGGUAGGUGUUGUAUUGAAAUGGAUCAGCUAAAUUUUACUGGUGCUGGAGACUGGAAAAAGCAUCCAGUUUGGUUGCUGUGGAGCAACAUGCAUGUUGGAUUAGAAAAUUGUGCCAAAAACUCCCACCGAUGAGAAUUCAUAGGUGCUCCACACUACGACAAGCACUUAUAUGAUUCUCCUCUUUCCUGUUUACUGCAAAUUCUGCCUUAAGGCUUCUUUUCAAGACUCAGAAGCCACUAAUUAUAAAGGAAAGGGCAGUUAAUUGGCACAUUUUUCUCUUGUGAAAGCAGUUCUUUCAGAUAAGAAUUAAUGUAAAUCUGCUUUUGUAAAUUGCAACUUUAAAUUUCGCUGACUCAAAUUUACAACAGCUUUGUAUACCAGAAGAGGUUUUGGUAAGGGUUGAACAUUUUUACACUGCAACUUUAAAACAUCACCAACAGAUUGUGGAUUAUUUCACGUGCACAAACAUAAACACACACACACACACACACACACACAUACACAGCUAAAUUAGAAACCACAAUUUUAAAUUUUAUAUAAUUACUAGCUAUUAAUGGGUAAAAUUCAUUUUUCUUUUAAUAUUUUAAAAUAUUAUUUAUGCCCCUGAAAUAUGCUAAUAAAAGUUAAAAAUUGUGUAUUAUGCCUAGAUUCAAAGUUUUUGGCAAACCUCAAAUAAUUUUGAUUGACAUGUACAUUAGCAGUUAUUAGUUGACUUUUACUAAAACAUGCACCUUUACGAUGGUGUUUUUGUAGAAACAUAAGUAGUCAAAUAGUAACAUUUAUUGCAGUUUUGUACAGUAUUUGAGUAUAGUGCAUAAAUAGGUAUGUUCAUAAAAUCAAUAAAAGGAGUAUCUAUGGAAAUAAGCAAAAUAUCAGCAAAAAUUGCUAUUCCUUUGCCUCAUUUAAUUUUUUAAAUUUUCUUUGUUUCCAUGUGAUUCUAUUAUAUGCUUUGCAUGAUUGUAUAAAACCAAGGUCACAAAUGCAACUUAUUAACGGAAUUUGCCAAGAAGACAGCCUUGACAUUAAAAAUUCCCUCACAAGAGGUAAUCCAUAAUCCUUAAUAAAAUAAAAUUGUUACGAGCCAAUAAAUGUAUUUCUUUAAUUCCCUUCCAGUAACACUUUCUUUGUCACCUAGUUUUAAAAUGUGCACUUUAUUCAUACAUUGAAAUAGAAGAUAUCCUAUUUUCUUAUACAUUUAAAUAUAGCAUAGCUCUUCUGUAUAGUUUAGGAAUGUGUGCAAUUGUAUAAGGAAGUACAUAAUGCCAGAAGGCAAGCAAUGAAAUUGCUCUAUAUGGUAUGCAUUAUUAGAUGCUUUAAGAAUAUUUUUCUUGUAAAGCCCACAUUGCCCCCUUAAUGUCUGACUAUAAGUUAUAAAUUUAUAAAUAUGUGUAUAUGUAAAAACCAUUGUAAAUAACAGUUUCUGUAUGACCACAGAAAAGGCUCAUCUAUACUUUGGGCAAAGAGCUGCUACUAUAUUGAUGGCACCAGUAUUAUUAGCAUUUAUGGCAGAUUGACCAGAAAACUUAUCACUGUUAUUCUUAUUUUAAAUUUCAUGUGGUAAAAUUGUAUUUGAGUGCAAUGACAUUCUGGCAGUUCAGAUUUUUCAGUGAUGGGGAUCAGAAUUAUUUGUUAUUUCUUUAAACUUUGGUGUACUUUUUACGUAUUUCUUCUUCUUUUAAUGUUUAAAUAAAUCAAAAGGAGCUUCUGCUCUUGUGGGGAGACUAGGAUGCUCCAUGGAAAUUGCUUUUAAAUUAUAGAACAAGAUUCUUAACAAUUAUUCUCCUUUCCAUGAACCAAUUUAAAACACAUUUAAAAGGAUAUUAAUUUAUCACAAUAAGGCCAAUUUUUCAGAAAAUACAUUUUAUAUAUACUAACACUGAUCUCUUUGGCCCAUAAGAUUAUACCUAUUUUAUGCGGUUGUAUAAUGACAUAAAGAGUUAUGGUAUGUACAAAAUGUAUAUAAAUACAUGUACAUAUAUAGAGAUAUACUCUCAUUAUUUUAUAGCUACUACUAUGAUUUAACUAAUAUUUAUUCAAAAAUAUUUUUUAUCUCCUCUGCCAUGCCCUGUAAUUGAUGUUAAUAUCACUCAUGUCACACCCACUGAACUUAGUUGAAAUUUUAAGUGCAUCUCAUUCUUAUAAUGACUUGAAAUUAAAGAUUAUAUAAAACAUGUAAAUUAAUUUAGUAUUGGGAGUUCUUUAAUGAGCUAUGAUGCCACUAGUGUGCUAAGAUGGGUGGCUGUUUUUCUCUUUUCUCCUGUUCAUGUUCCCAUGUGUUUGAUUAUAAAAUGGAAGAAAUAUAACCAUUUAAUAUAUAUUUUUUUAAUUUUAGUGAUUUUAUUAACUGCCAAUCUUAAUGUUUAGAAAUCUUUUCAGGGAUCUCUCUAUUUUGAAUUUAUCUCAGGUUUGGAUAAGUGAUCCCCUUGAGCCAUGUUUCUAAAUUUUUUUUCUUAAAUAGUUCAUAGUUUAUUUUUAAAAACAACGCAGAAUCUAUUAUUUUACUCUCAUUAUUUGGUAAGUAUAAUUUGCAUUUAUGUGGCUCUUUUUGAAUUCCUGGUUGAGGGACACAAACCCUCCUUGAUAUAAUCAUGGAUUCUAGAAGAGCACCAAAGCUUUACAGGUACUUUUCUUUGGUAUGGCCGGUCAUCAUUCCAAUGAAAGAAGAAAGGAAGUAGUUCAAGUCACCUUCUGCAUUAUCAUGGUUCUUUGGCAUCCUUUAAUAAUUUGUUUUACCCUGUCUGAUAAAAAUAGAAGCAUAAAAGUUUAACUUAAAAAAUAGUAAUUUGUUUAAUGUAUUCUAUGCCUGAUGCCCUCAGACACAUGUCUGUGAAACACAGACAUAUUUAAUUACUUACUUGGAAAUAUGAGGUUAUGUUAAUAGAUUUACUAAACAGAUUAUUCUUGUUAUUAGUCUCCUGGCACACCGACAUUCAUCUGCAUGUUUUUGAAGCAAUGACCAAAUUUUUUAUCAUAUGAAAACAUUCAGAAUUUUAAGGGGAUCAGUACCUGACCCAUUGCUACCCUAUAGUGCCACUCAUUUUCCUUUUAAUUGAGGUCCCAUAGGCACCUCAUGCUUCCCUUUUAUUAAUUUAAAGUAUGCAGAAGUGUAAAAUUUUAACUGGGGAGGGGUGCAGUUAUUUUUGACAUCUGCAUGCUUGAGAAACAUGGACACUACACCAACAGCAUUUGUAACAGUGUGGAGAAAAU